AUGACCAACGGGUCGAGUGAGGUAGUGUUUGCGGCUUCGUCAUCGCCGACUGACCCCGCUUGCGUGUUUCCCUACGUCGAUGGCCUAAUCAAAGCUUCAGUUCCAAGGCGAAGAGGGAGGCCUGUAGGAUCAAGAAAGAGAUCCAAUGUACAGACAAGAGUGAAGAAGUAUCCGGCUGAGCGAGGGGCUAGAUACGGAGACGAUGACCAGUUUCAGUUUAUCAACCUCAAUGCGCAAACCCGCAAGAUUGAUCAAGGAGCACGUAAGACUAUUAGACGAACAGCAAUGCUAAGUUACGUACAGGAUGUUCCCAAACAAAGUAGGAAUAUCCCUGGUACCGCGAAAGACGAGAUAGCGGUUCUUGAAGAGCCCUUGUUCUCCCAACCAUUGCAAUUAUCGCUUGGUCGUGCGGAUCCGUUUAACACGAUGCCGAUACAGUUCGAGCCUUAUAUGCAUGACCUCUUGGUUUUCUAUAGCACAACUUGUUGGAAAACUCUCUACUCAAUCGAAGAAAGGACAGGUUUCAACCCUAUGGUAGACUAUUGGUUACCACUGGCAUUCAACGACGCAGCCCUUUUAAACAUCCUGCUAGGAUGUGCGGCUUCUUUCAGAUUCAGGUCGCAGUUUAGAUCAGGAUGUCCCAUUCUCAUUAGACAUCUAAAUGAGGCUAUGAAAAUCGUGAACCACAAACUGACAACCACGUUCACGGGUGAGGAUGUAUCAGACGAGACAUUGGCUGUUAUUGCCACAUUAGCCAUGAUCCAGAAAACAAUCGGGUCUAGUAACGAAUGGAACAUUCAUAUGACAGGAUUGAAAAGGCUCGUGGAUCUGCGCGGCGGGAUGGGUAGUUUGGACGACAAGCCCUUCAUCAAAAGUAAAAUCCUCCGGUAUGCCAUCGUCCCUACAGUUGACGAGUUCUCGUCAUGUUUAAUGCUUCCACAUAGUGCGGACCUCUGUGGUUCUGUGGACAUCAUCACCCGCCAACCUUAUUUCAAUCCACACUACGAAGAGCUGCCCUUGAACAACCCCCGCUAUCUGUCUCUCCCACUGGGGUUUAGGGACCUGGACGUUAUAUUGGGUCUGGAUGAAUGUUUGAAAAAUAUUAUCCUAACUCUGCAAGCGACGCUAGAAAACACAUCAACACUUCGUUUUACUAGGGACCAAAGUCAUGCGGCGCAGAUCCGAUUUUCACUAACAUCUGCUCAAUAUGCUCUUUUAUCCAUGCAUUGUGGGGAUCUAAGCAGUCCUAUAAACCGAGCGCAGGAGACAUGUCGAGUUGCCGUUUUAUUGUUUACGGCGACCGCGUUCAAGGAGUUACCCUCUAGUCUUUUUGGAAUAUUGAAACGAUUGACAGAGCUUCUGGGAGAUAGUGAAACCUGCAACUGGCUGACGCCCGCCUUUAAAUCAUGGGCACUGUGUCUCGCUACGGCCUCUUUGCCAUUCGAAGCUCGGGAGUUAUCCCUUUCCCUGCUGUCAAGUAUUCUUUCUAACAUGGGUAUCGAGACGGAAGAACAGCUUGCUUUGUUACUGUCUAACUUUCUUCGAGAAGAUGCGUCGCACCAGCAAUAUAUGCGCGUGAUCAGAGAGGAAUGGGAACAACAUGGUCGGGCUAAAACAUUCGAUUUGUCCUAG